GUCUGUUGGAGUCCUUUGCGUUGAUGACGGCAACCGUGAGGAACUCGGUCUUUCCCGUCUCCGUCCAUUGGAAGAAAAAUUCCUUAAACUGCCUUGUCAAGCUCUGUGUUGUGCACUGUCGGGUGUGAGGCCAGUUAGUCUACAGCAACAAAAGACAGGAGCUGAGACCUCUUUAUGGAGUGCGGACUCCAUUGCGUGGUUAACACACAAAGUGUCCGGCACGAAGCUUCUAGCAUAUCCUUCAAGAGUCGAAUCCAGCAAGUUUGUCAUUAUCGAUCUCUACGUGUUCCCUCCCAAGAACCCUAAGCUAAAAACCCCAGUAUCAUCUGUCACAGGUAAAGGUCUCCCGGGGCUACAGUACAGUAUUGCAGAGAUGAUGAUAAUCUCCGGUAUGGCGCAGCGAAUCAUGCUCCAAGUUAGAGAUGGUAGCUUGUGCAGUGGCGGGUCGAGUCCCUUGUCUGGGGGAAGCAACGGGUGUUUAACUCGGAGCUGCAGUAGUGUUAGUAUCGGGAGCAGCGUGCAGGAAGGAGAUGGGCUCGUUGAGAAGUGUGUAGACAAUGUAAAUUGUAAAGAAGAAAAUACGUUUACGGACAAUUCGUGCUCAUCGAAAGAAACUGUUAUUCACACGCCGGCUCUAACGAACGAAGAGCGUGCAAAGGUGAAUGAAGAGUCUUCCACGGAUGAAACAGAGAAUACAGAUGUCACUUUUGGACAGAAGGUGACGGAUAAACAAAUCGACGGCGCACUUGUAUUAAGCUUGAAAGAAAGAAAUUUCGAACAUUCCCUGGACCAAAAAGACAUAAAACCUAUCGACGUAUCGAUGUUCUCUGAGUCCCUUCCCAUGUCAGGCCCUGAAGAGUCCUUCAUCACUGAGCUCCGACCCGUAGAGGGCCCUGUGUGUCUACAAAUGCUGAUGUCUCAUGUUGUGAGUCCCAGCGAGUUUUAUGUUCAUCUUGUAACGCCAGAUGCUGGAAUUCUUGAUGUAAUGAUGGACGAAUUGAACAAGUUCUAUGGCACUGACCCUUUUCCCCAAAGUUGUGCGCCGAGUAAUAGUUACCAGCCCCAAAUAGGAGACUACUGUUGUGUUCGGUUCACACAGGACGGGAGGUGGUACCGUGGACUGGUGACCAGUGUUCGCUGGACUGGGAAUGUUCAAGGUCCAAUCAGCAGUGCUCACGAUGUCCAAGUAUUUCAUGUAGAUUUUGGGAGUUCUGAGUUUGUUUCCGUUACUGAUAUAAAGCCUCUUGUAGCCAAAUUCCUAACGCUACCUGGGCAGGUGGUGAAAUGCAAGCUGGCGAACCUUAGACCUUUGAUAAUUGAAGAGGCCCCGAUAGCACUAGAAGAAAAACCUGCUAUUAAAGAGAUAACAGAAAAGGCCAGCCUCCCAGCAGAAGUAACUCCCCCAAAGGAAGAGAAACCAGUAGCGGUGGGUGAACGGCCUUCGAAAUCUGAUUCUUCUCCCACAGGAAAAUCUGGCAGCAAAAGAAACAGAAGGAAACGAAAACGACCGCCCAAAAUAUCGUUAAAGGAUGAAAAAAUUGUUAUACGCGCGGCUGGUGAUGAAUCUUAUGACAGCAGUGAGAUGAGUGAGAUUGAAUUCAUUAAAAAAAGAGACCAGGAGAAAGGGAAAGAGAAAGUGAAAGAUGAGGAUAAAGAUAAGGCUGCGUUUCCGGAAAAAUACUUGCUUCCCAGUCCAAGUGCUAGUCCAGAAAAACCGUUCCCUCUUCUUAAUGAAUCUCCUCCCGUUAAAACUGUGGAAAAAUGGCCCGAAGGCUCGUCAGAAUUGUUAACCGGGCUGACGGAUGAUAACAGGAAAUUAGUGGGUUACAUGGUGCCGUGGGAUGCAUGGGUCUAUCAACAGCUGUUCAACCCUGCUAUUGGUGGAACAAAGGUCGAUAUAUCUUACAAGAAGCCCACGCUAAGCCUUGACCUGUACGACACUACCGGCGACGAGGAUAUCUUUAUCAACCAAGUACUUGUGGAGACGGGAAUAGCAGAUUUUGUAGAAAAUCCUGCAGAACAAACAGGAACUGAUGUUAUGACGGUUCAACUUACUCUCCAAGAUUUAGAGAGCACUGCGUCAAGUAUGCAAGCACAAGGUUCGCCUUCGGACGAGAAGGAAGCAAAGGCUAUUACAAGUCCAGCAAGCCCGACUAGUCCGCUUAAAGACUGGGAUCCAAUGAAGGAAGAUUUUCUUUCAUCUAAAAACAGCUACGCUAUAAACAGUGAUGACUUGGACAUCGUCUUUCAAGGACACCAGGACCUGAGCAGAAGAGUAUGCCGUUAUUAUCAGACAAGAUCAGGGUGCUGGCGUGGAGACCAGUGUCCUAAUCUUCAUGUUAAAAAAGGUGAAGAACUUCAUGACUACGUGGAGGCCUUUUGUGACAAUAUGGAUUCCUCUGUCACGCUACCUGAUAUCGGUACCUGGGUUGCAGUUCGCGUCACGGCCAUCUUCAAUCCGGGACAUUUCUGGGUGCAGUUCCCCUACGGAACAGAACCAAUAGAAAAACGCAUCAUGGCUGCGAGGUUGAAUCGAGAGUUUGAAUUUGAUAACGAGGAGCGAGAAGAAGAAGAUCUUGAUUCUCUGAUGGCCAAAAUCGGGAAAUUUUAUUCUCGAAACAAUUGUCAAGAUCCCAGGCGUAUUUUUCCCGCUGAAGGUGAGCUGUGUGUGGCUAGGUACUCCAAAGACGAUAAAUGGUACAGAGCGCGUAUCACAGGCGUGCGAGAGGACGAACUGCAGGUGUUUUUCGUGGACUAUGGUAAUUCUGAGUGGACAAGUGCCAACCACGUGAAGCGCAUGCUCCCUCACUUUCUUCAUCUUCCAUUCCAAGCUCUCGAAUGUUUCUUAGGGAAUGUGGAGCCUAUUGAUUUUACAGAUGGUAAAAAAUGGUCCCCGGAUGCUAUGUAA